AUGGAAAGACAACUGGGUCGAACACGAAGCUACCGGGCUAUUGCUCCACGACACGAUCUACAGGGCGCUCAGGUGCCGGUAUCGUCCGCCCCAGAGGAGAGUAAGACUAAGCGUGCGUCGAUGGCAUGUCUCGAAUGCAAGAAACGACGGAUAAGGUGUAGCGCCACAACUCCUUGCGCCGAAUGCCUCUCUCACAGCCGGGAUUGUGUUUACGAUCAGACCGCCGACAAGCGCCGCAAGGAACAUGCGAUGACAACCAAGAACCAACUACAGGUCACCCAAGAAAACCUUGACUAUUACCACAAGUUAUUGGAAGAUCUUCUGGAAUCCGUACGUCGUAGUGAUAUUGAUCAGCUCCGGCAGCUGGUUGAAGCAGUUCGCCAGACGCCGAGAACUCCUCGGCACGAAACGCAACCCAACCAUGCUACGAUCUUGAAGGUCAUCUACACAAUACUCGGAGAGUAUGAAGAUGCAGAAGGGAGUGACACCAUGUCAGACAUCGGCCAAGGUACGCAUUGCUAG